AUGGCGCGGUCGGCGCCCGAUUCUCCACGUGACUUUGUUCAGUUCAUUGAAUGGUCUCCUCGGUCCUGCCCUCGUGCAUUGCUAGUGGCAAAUUUUCAUGGGCGGAUCACUAUAUGGACACAGCCAACAAAGGGUCCUGUAAAUCUUGUACGUGAUGCAAGCUCGUGGCAAUGUGAACAUGAAUGGCGUCAAGAUCUUUCUGUGGUGACCAAGUGGUUGUCAGGAAUUUCUCCGUGUUUUGUUAAGAUCCAGGUUGCUGUUUUUACCCCAGCCUAUGUACAGUAUAGAUGGCUUCCUACAAACUCCAUUGGUUCAAAUCUGAAAACCUUUGAGGAAAAAUUCCUCACCCAACAGCCUCAGAGUUAA